AUGUCGGACCACGUUUCAGGCCAGAGCAACAAACCCCUAAGCAAGCCUGCACAUGCUCUUGGGCUUGAAGACCUCAGUCGGGAGCUCAAAACUGAUAUUUCACACGGGCUCCGAGUGCAGGAAGCUCACCAGAGACUGGAGCAAUAUGGCCGUAACGAACUCGAUGAUGGUCCCGGCGUGCAGCCGUUCAAGAUCCUCGUGCGACAAGUCGCCAAUGCAAUGAUGUUGGUCCUCCUCAUGUCGAUGAUCGUCUCAUUCGCGAUCAAGUCAUGGAUUGAAGGCGGCGUUGUUGCAGCUGUGAUCGCUCUGAAUAUUGUGGUGGGAUUCCUCCAAGAGUUCUCUGCAGAGAAAACCAUGGACUCACUUCGCUCUUUGUCUUCUCCGACUGCCAAUACUAUACGAGAUAGUACCACCAUGAAUAUCCCCACCGCAGAGCUCACAAUAGGCGACAUUGUCGAGCUCAAAGUCGGAGAUACCGUCCCUGCAGAUGUCCGUAAGGAUGAAGGGAUGAUAUUCGAUGUCGACACUGGGCCUGGUGAUCGUCUCAAUGUUGCAUACAGCUCCUCGACUGUAACAAAAGGCCGAGCAACUGGUCUGGUCUUUGCCACAGGCAUGUACACGGAAAUCGGCUCUAUUGCAGCAACCCUUCGACAAGGCGACUCCAAAAGGCGUCCAGUCAAAAGGCGGCCUGACGGGACAGCCUCGCCCUUCCGGCAGUUUGAGUCCUGGGCACUUACUUUCAGCGAUGCAGUUGGUCGGUUUCUGGGCGUGAACAUUGGGACCCCCUUGCAAAAGAAGUUAUCACGGCUUGCAAUCCUCCUCUUCGGGAUCGCCGUACUCUGUGCAAUUAUUGUCCUUGCUGCCAACAACUUCUCUAACAAGUCCGAGGUCAUCAUUUACGCUGUUGCGACCGGUCUCUCGAUGAUUCCCGCUUCACUCGUGGUUGUACUUACGAUCACCAUGGCCGUCGCAACUAAGAGAAUGGUCGAGCGCCAUGUCAUUGUCCGCAAUCUCAAGUCGCUGGAGGCCUUGGGUGCUGUCACAGACAUUUGCUCUGACAAGACAGGAACUCUUACCCAAGGAAAGAUGGUUGCCAAAAAAUGCUGGCUGCCUUCUCGUGGUACCUAUUCAGUAGGGCCGUCGAACAAGCCGUACGACCCCACUGACGGAUACCUCUUGUACAGUAAAAUGGCCCCUGCAAAGGAUGAUCAACAAAAAAAUCAUGAAAUGAAGGCUAGUAGCCAUGAGGAGCUAAUCGAGGAUAAUUCUGAGCUGACGGAUCUUCUGUUUGUUGCCUCGCUGGCUAAUAUCGCACGAGUUCACCAGAACCAGGAAGGUGAGUGGGUCGCUCUCGGGGAUCCAACCGAAAUAGCAAUCCAGGUCUUUGCAUCCCGCUUCAACUUCAACAGAAGCAGAUUUCUGGGUGGUGUGGAAGCAAAGUACAAAGAAGUCAGCGAGUAUCCCUUUGAUUCGGAUGUCAAGAAGAUGUCCGUUAUCAUGGAAGAGGUUCAAAGCAGGCAGCAGAACGUUUUUACCAAAGGUGCCGUCGAACGUGUCCUUGACUCGUGCACGAAGAUCAAGUGGCAGACUAGCGACGUUGUCGAUCUCACUGAAGACAUGAAGGAGGCCAUCUUGGAAAACAUGGAAGCUCUUGCUGCACAAGGACUCAGAGUCCUAGCAUUGGCCAGCCGACCAUAUGAUCCUAUGAGUGGGCAGAAGGCGAGUCGUGAAGACCCACCACCGCGACAAGAGGUCGAAUGCAACCUCGUCUUCCACGGGCUGAUUGGUCUCUACGAUCCUCCUCGACCCGAAUCAGCGGGGGCUGUGAAGCGAUGCCAUCGUGCCGGCAUAAAGGUACAUAUGCUCACUGGCGAUCAUCCUGGCACAGCCCGAGCGAUAGCAGCACAAGUCGGCAUCCUUCCCCAAAAGAUGGAAAACCUCUCUGCCAACGUUGCCAGAAGCAUGGUCAUGACUGCAAAGGAGUUUGACCAUUUGACCGACGACCAGAUCGACGACCUCCCCGCGUUACCCCUUGUAAUUGCUCGAUGCGCGCCGAAUACAAAGGUUCGAAUGAUUCAGGCUCUUCGUCGUCGAAACGCUUUCAUGGCAAUGACUGGAGAUGGCGUCAACGACUCACCAUCACUUAAGAUAGCCGACGUCGGUAUCGCCAUGGGUCAGGCUGGUUCCGAUGUGGCCAAAGACGCAUCUGACAUUGUCCUCACCGACGACAACUUUGCUUCGAUCCUUUCUGCCAUCAAAGAGGGUCGUCGGACUUUCGAUAAUAUCCAGAAGUUCGUUUUGCACCUGUUGGCGGAGAACAUUGCCCAGGCUUGCACGCUCUUGAUCGGGCUCGCGUUCAAAGACAGCUCGGGACUCUCCGUCUUCCCCCUGGCACCGGUGCAGAUUUUGUGGGUCAUCAUGAUCACCAGUGGCUUGCCGGAUAUGGGCCUUGGCCUGGAAGUUGCGGCUCCCGACAUCUUGGAAAGACCACCCAACUCCCUCAAGGCGGGAGUCUUCACGUGGGAAGUGUGCUUCGACAUGCUUGCGUACGGAUUAUGGAUGUCCGCUCUCUGCCUUUCGUCGUUCCUGCUCGUCGUGUAUGGCUUCGGGGACGGAAACCUCGGCGUGGACUGCAACAGGUCUUACUCGCAAUCGUGCGACACGGUCUUCCGAGCUCGGGCAACGACUUUCGUCAGCCUGACGUGGUUCGCACUCUUCCUUGCCUGGGAGAUGAUCAAUACCAGACGCAGCUUGUUCCGCAUGCAGCCUUCAAGCAAGCGACGCUUUACCCAGUGGGCGUACGACAUCUGGCGUAACCAGUUCUUGUUCUGGGCUGUCAUUGCGGGCUUCGUCACUAUUUUCCCAACCAUAUACAUCCCGGUCAUCAACCACACCGUGUUCAAACACACUGGGAUUUCCUGGGAAUGGGGCAUCGUCUUCGUCGAAGCGCUGCUGUUCUUCCUUGGCUGCGAGACAUGGAAGUGGGCCAAACGUAUCUAUUUUCGCAGGCGUGCGAAGACAUUGAUCAACAUACCGGACGACCUGGAAAACCUGGCGUUCUCUGAUUUCGAAAGGCUGGAAAAGUUCGAUUAA